UAUUUUAGGAUCCUUAAGCAUUGUGUUUGAUUGUGUCGUUUUGUAUUUGAAGGGGUGGUAGUGUUAUACUUUCCUCCGACUAUAUAAAGCCUGCCCUUUACUUUUUCUCUUUUACCAUCGAGAGAGAAACAGAGUCGUCGACAUCAAACGGAAACACACAAAGGCUUGAAGGCGAGGGCAUCCAUGAGAACUCGAACAGGCCUAUGCUAUCCUCCGCUAGACACCUUCUCUUCCGACCAACCACUUCGCAAGAGGACACGCCAUGUCGCCGCCGACCACCACCUCCUUUCCCGGAAAAGAAACAAAUCUUCUUCUCCUCCGACCUCCGAUUUGUUCGAUUCCUUGCCGGACGACCUCG